AUGACUUCCUCAACGACGCUCUCCCAGGAGGAAAUGAAGGCCCACAGGAUCCCCCUGGGCUGGAGAGACAACUGCUCAGCACUGCUCGUUCCCCUCAACAUUUGCCGGAGGAAGAACAAUUUCAAGCCAUGGGAGUGCGACCACGAGCGCCAUACCUAUGAGAAGUGUCAAUACGACGACUACGUUCGACGCAUGAAGGAGCUCUCAAAGCAGAAAGCUUCUGCUGCUGAAGAGGAUUCAUAG